GAAGGGUGUCGCAUUACAAUCCUGAGCUAGUUAUAUAAGUGUAAAAUGGUAGUUUUUAGCAAAAUGCUUUGUAUUUACUAAUAGCCUAUGGAAAUGUAAUCAAAACAUGGCUUGUUUAAUACUUAAAACAGACUUUUUUUACCCUUCAAAACCUCGGAUUUGCCAAUGAAUCUAUUAAUGGGUCAACAAUGUCGUUCAGUCAUUCGGUUUUAAGAAUAUUCUGGGAUAUAUUUAUUUUUGUCUCAUGCGUUCAUUCGUUAGCUCAGUGUCUGUGCAUGCAAGAUUUUUGUAAAUUGAAGCCCCUCAGCACCCUCUAGGGGUAUUAGGUAAUGCACACAAACUAUUAUUAGUUUUAAAAUAUGCUUAUUUGUAUGUCAUCAACGAGACCUUGAAGAAAAUGUUUUAAUUCUAGUUAAAAUGGAAGAUAUUGAUGUGCUCUUUGCAUUAAUGAAGAAAAAUAUGAUUAAAACAAUACAAUUCUGUGACACCUAUUCGGCAUAUUAUUUACAUUAUGGUCAACAAUCCACUUCAUAAUCGAAAACAAUCAAUGAGCCUAACUAAUCAAGUUUUAAUGGCUAUUAUGUUUUCCCAUUCAGUGGCUGUCACGUCGGUGAGCUGUGCGUCUAUAGAGCGGUUUGAGAGCGAGAGGCCUGCACAGACAGCUGUGAUUGAUCUUUUGGAAGCACUGAAUGAGAAGAGAUCUACUUUGGACAACAAGCAAGUGGGAUAUGAGGAAGAAAGUGAGGAGUACUACUAUGACGAUGAAGAGGAGGAUGAGUUUUCUGGAGAUUAUGGGCUGCCAAUGGUUGCGUUUUCAAGCAAACCCAAAGACCAGAGUGCAGUUUUGAAUGCAGAGAAACUUGAAGAUUCAAAGAGGAAGGGGCUCGGAAGGAAGAAAGGAAAAGGAAAGGGAAAAGGCAAGAAAAGGAAUCCAUGUCUAAAAAAGUACAAGGACUUUUGUAUCCACGGAAGCUGCCAGUACCUGAAGGACAUAAAAGGGCCCUCAUGCAUAUGUGAUCAGGGCUACUCAGGAGAGCGGUGUCACCUUUUCUCCCUGGAAGUAAGGACGAAUGGUGAUGCGUACGACCGCACUACGGCGCUCGCUGUGGUGGCUGUGGUUCUCUCUUCAUUAUGUCUCACCAUCAUUGGACUUCUCCUGGCGCUCAGGUUUCAUAAGAAAGGCGCAUAUAAUGUGGAAAAUGAGGAGAAGGUUAAACUGGGAACUGCCCCACACCACUAAACAAGACCGGAGAGAACGGGCGACCGUGUGGAAAUUCUACCUCAAAAUGAAGUGGCAAAGUUGAAUGUUGUGAGGAGCAGAGGGCACAGCGUGCUGGAGGAGAGGGAAGAGUGACCGCGUUUGUUUGGCAGGAGAUGCGCCGCCUCCGUGAAGGGCCUGACUCACAAAUGACUCUCUAAAAGGUUCGCAGGAGAGCUCAAAACCUGCCACCAUCUGGAACUCUGACGGACUGACUCGGUUAGAAAGAGACCCCGAGCUGUUCGAUUCAGAAUAAGAAGGAACUCUUCGGGGUUGGGAAUGUAGUUUGAGUUUUAGAGGCUAAGCUUUUUCUAGUACUGAAGAAGCUUUGCCUGAAAUAAGUAUUCUUACAAAUAAGCAUUUUUGUUUAUGUCCUGUGCACUGUGUAUUUAAUCGUUGCUGGCUAUGCUUUAAUUUAUUUAUUUAUGUAUAUAUCUAUUAAUAUUUAUUUGGAUUUAGACCAACAAUGUCCAGCCCAAAUGCACUGGCAACGUAUUUGAAAGUCUUUGUGUUGUAUGUCGAUGUAAUAUUUUAUUUAUUAAAAAAAAGCAAUAGUAAUCUGUGUCUAUUCAGUAAAUGAGUACUGAACAAUGGUAGACUGAAAAUCAAAAUGAUAGUAUAUUAUAUAUUAAAAAAUAGUAUAUUAUAAUAGUACAUAUUCUAUAUAUACUAUUAUAGUAUAUUAUAACGUAUGCUUUUUUUGAUGCAUUUAAUGAAGAGAAUAUUUAAGAAUUAUUUGUAUUUUAAUGUCCAGGACAGUGUUAGAAUGUAUUUUUCAGCAAACUUUGAAAAGUCAUAUUUCAAGCUUGUUUUUUGUUGUGUUUUUUAGGAGAGAAGAAAAAAAAACAUUUUGGCCAGUAAACUGCACUGUUAUAUUAAACAGUGUGCAAAUUAUGAAAUGUGAAUUGUUUUGUUUGAGCAGUUCAUUUUCUGCUUAUUUAAUUUCAGCAUCCUGCUCUAUAAGACAUAAAGAAAUUGUUUCCUCAUUCUCUCUGUAUGGAGUAUUUUUUAAAAUGCCCAGACAUGAAAUUCAGACAAAUAAUAAAACCUCUUUAUAUAAAA